GAGUCUUAUAGCGACUCUUCGAUCUGAUUGGUCCGCUUUAGAGGCGUAGGACGUUCACGUCAGGCCGAAUCUGCUUCCUCCAAACACAAAAUAUCUAUACUCUACCGCAACCAAUGAACUGAAAGAAGUGUUAUGCCCGUGCCUGCAAUGUUUUGAAAUCUGCUCCACGCGUGUUACAAACCAACAGAUUUAGAAAUUUCACAUCCUGCCAAUACAAGAUGGCAUCCAUGAAACAUAAGAACGCGAAAAGGAUAGAAGGUCUGGACAAGAAUGUAUGGGUGGCCUUUACAUCAGUGGCAGCAGACCCUUCUAUUGUCAAUCUUGGACAGGGAUACCCAGACAUCCCUCCUCCUUCCUACGUGAAAGAGGGUCUGGCUCAGGCUGCGAUGGUUGACAGGAUAAAUCAGUACACACGGGGCUUUGGCCAUCCGAAACUGGUUAAAGCCCUGUCGAUGGUAUACGGAAGAGUCUACGGCCGCCAGCUCGAUCCGUUUAAAGAGAUCCUGGUGACCGUAGGUGGAUACGGGUCUUUGUUCAGCACUAUGCAGGCUCUGGUUGAGGAGGGAGAUGAGGUCAUCAUUAUAGAGCCUUUUUUUGACUGCUAUGUUCCCAUGGUGAAGAUGGCAGGAGGGAAACCGGUUUUGAUACCUUUGCGAUUGAAGUCUUCAUCGGCAGCAACCAGUGUAAGCAGCGCGGACUGGGUUCUGGACCAGGACGAACUUGCUAGUAAAUUCAACUCCAAGACCAAGGCUAUCAUAAUCAACACUCCUAAUAACCCCAUCGGAAAAGUAUUCAGUAGGAGUGAGCUGCAAGCUAUUGCGGAUCUCUGCAUCAAACAUGACACGCUGUGCUUCAGUGAUGAGGUGUAUGAAUGGCUCGUGUAUAAAGGCCACCGGCAUGUAAAGAUAGCAACCCUCCCUGGAAUGUGGGACAGAACCAUCACCAUCGGCAGCGCAGGGAAAACGUUCAGCGUCACUGGAUGGAAGCUGGGCUGGUCAGUCGGGCCUGAACACUUGAUCAAACACCUCCAGACCGUUAUGCAGAACAGCCUCUAUACAUGUCCGACCCCAUUACAGGAGGCCGUUGGCCAGGGACUUCUUCGGGACUUUGAGCUGAUGGGUAAACCCGACUGCUACUUCACCUCUCUGGCAGAAGAGCUGGAAGGGAAAAGGGACCGCAUGGCAGCCAUGUUGAGACAGACUGGCAUGACUCCAGUGGUCCCAGAGGGAGGAUACUUCAUGAUAGUGGAUGUCACAGCACUCGAUCAGGACUUGUCGCAUAUGGGAGAUGAUGAACCGUAUGACUACAAGUUUGUAAAAUGGAUGAUAAAAGAGAAGAAACUGGCUUCGAUUCCUGUAACAGCUUUUGUGGGGGAAGAUUCAGUAAAGCAGUUUGAGAAAUACAUUCGUUUGUGCUUUAUUAAGCAAGAAAGCACCUUGGAUGCAACAGAGGCCAUCCUGAAGAGCUGGAACAAAGGCUGAUUUCUGAAGCCAGAUAAUGCAGUGAUACGCGUGUGGUACUGCUCAGAUUAAACAUAUAACAUACCUUUUAUAUUGCUGCAUCCUCUUACUAUAACCUAAACUGUGACUGAAGUGUUUUUAAAGUUUGCAGGAUCAGUUAUUUUUUUGAGGAAAUUUAAAGGUACCUUGUGUCCCAAUAAUUUCUGAAGGAUACUUAAUAUUGGAGUGAUACGGCUCCUGAAAAUUCAUCACAUGACUAAAUUAUACCUUUAAACAUAUUAUAUUUAAAUAGAAAACUGAUAUUCUAAAUCGAAAUGGUUUAAUUUCUUCAAAUGUUUUCUUUUUUUUUGCUUAGGUCAGCAUAAUAGACUUUUCAAAACCAUUAAAAAAAUCAUUCGAACCCCAAGCUUUUCAAUAAUAGUGUAUAGAAAUGUGUAAAAGGUGCUUUUAUCUCUGGCCCUGGGUGAUUGAAACAGCAUGCUAGAUGCAGGACCGUGUGUUAUUUGUUUCGGCUUCGGAUCUGAGGUCGGAUUCCAACAGUGUGUGUGAAAUUAUUCAGUCCCGUGUUUUACUUUGCUUUUGCUGUCAAUGACAUUUAGACAGAAUAAAAUUCAAAGCUGUUGUGGAUGAAA